CCAUCAUGAAGAAAACCAAACCACAAAGAGAAACCUGGGCUAAAUGGUCGGAAUUUUUCUUCUCGAUUGUCGGCUUAGUGGUUGGUCUAUCAAAUAUUUGGCGUUUUCCAUACCUCUGUUACAUUAAUGGUGGUGGAGCGUUCCUCAUUCCAUUUUUUAUAUUUAUGAUAUUUGUUGCUAUCCCGACAUUACUGCUUGAAAAUGCUGUUGCCCAAUUUGCAAAUUUAGGGCCAGGAAAAUCGUGGGUUUUGUGCCCCCUUUUUAAAGGUGUUGGCACUGCAAUGGUUGUAACAAAUUCCCUUAUUGGUAUCUACUACAAUGUGAUCAUAGCCUGGGUACUGUACUACCUGUAUAGUUCCAUGCACCCCACACUUGCCUGGAGUAGUUGUAAUAACACCUGGAAUACACAUCUUUGCUAUGACUCAAUUUUUUUGCUGAAUAAUUCUCGAGUUAAUUCCACGUUAGAUAUGAUGCUAAACUCAACGUUGGAUGUUAAUGUAUCUUCAUCUCUGGCAUUGAAGUCAUCUGUUGAAGAAUACUGGGAACGUCAUGUGUUGAACCUGUCACCAAGUGUUAACAACAUAGGAACUGUACGACCACCUUUACUCUUGUGUCUCUUCUUGAUUUGGUUGAUAACAUUCCUCUGUCUUUCAAAAGGUAUCAAGACAUCUGGUAAGGUUGUGUACGUUGCUGCUACCUUACCCUAUAUUUUCCUCACAAUCCUGCUGAUAAGGGGUUUAACAUUACCGGGAUCAAUGGAUGGAAUUUAUUACUUCGUGAAGCCAAACUGGGAAAAAGUAAAAAAUAUCUCGGUAUGGAAGGACGCUGCAACUCAAAUACUUUUCUCUAUUGGAGUCGGUAUAGGUGGAUUAGCAACAUUAGCAAGUUAUAACGACUUCCAUAACGACUGCCAGAGAGAUGCCGUCAUUCUACCAAUAAUAGAUGGAUUAACUAGUCUUUUGUCUGGUUUGACAUCGUUUAGUAUCCUGGGUUAUAUGGCUCACAUUAGAAAAACAGACCUUGACAAUGUGAUAUCUAAAGGUCCAGGGAUUGCCUUUAUAGUUUACCCACAAGCACUUUCAACUUUACCCUUUGCUCAGAUCUGGUCAGUAAUGUUUUUCGCAAUGCUGGUGUUGGUCGGCUUAGACAGUCAGUUUGCCCAUGUUCAAGUGAUCGUUACUGCCAUUACGGACGCUUUCCCCGAAAAAUUUGGUAACAAUCAGACUUUUAUAACUGGGAUUGUCUGUUUGCUUAGUUUUAUUUUCGGAAUUACCUGUGUAACGGAGGGAGGACUCUACGUCUUACAAAUAAUAGACUGGUACUGUGCUAGUCUUUCUCUUCUGUUGAUAUUGUUUGCAGAAAUGAUUGGAAUUAUCUGGAUUUAUGGAGCGAAAAGACUAGAAAACGAUAUCAGCCUAAUGUUAGGUCGAAGACCUUGGCCAAUUUGGAAACCUUUCUGGGUUAUCAUCGGUCCGUUGUGUAUACUAGGUCUCUGGGUAUUGAGCAUAAUAUCC